AUGUCAGAUUCAUACCUACCUAUCAAGAACGCUAGUGGCAAACAUAUCAACCUCUUGAACGAUCAGCCACCAGCCGGAUCAUCUGAGAACAAAAAAUUCAAAGUGUUUUCUAACCAGUCACCAGAAGAUCAAGCUUCUGUUACCCGUCGUCGCUACCAUUGCCCCGAGCCGAUGUGCGACAAGAGUUUCACUACAAGUGGUCAUCUUGCUAGACACAAUCGAAUUCACACUGGCGAAAAGAAUUUUCAAUGCCUUCACCCAGGCUGUCUCUCUCGCUUUUCGCGACAGGACAAUAUGAUGCAGCAUUACAGAACACACAUUUCGCCAAAGUCACGUAGACAUUCGCACCAAAGACAGCAUUAUCAUCUUAUGAGCCACCCUUACCAUAGGCCAACCAGUCCUUUGGAAUAUUACCACCACAACACCAAUUCCAACCCUAAUCCUAGUCGUAGUCCUAAUUACACACGCCUUUACUCUGACAAUCGUUCCGUGUACCUUUCCGAAUCUCCCUACAGUCAACCGCUAUACCAUUCACUGCCACCUACAACCACAUCAUCAGCACCAAAAGUAGUCAUGACAAAAGUUGAGCCAGGAUUGACUAACCUUUCUGAUCAAUACAAUUCUCACUUACCCGUUCACCCUGUCCAUGUGCACCGACACCAAGUUUAUUCCCACUCUGCCCCGCCACAUUCUACAUCGCAUGGCUACCUUUCCCCUUCUCGAUCUAUUGACAGCUCGCCACAUGGAAGAUUGCCCAAGCCCCAGCCAAUCGAGCCUUUCAUGGGCCCAGGAGCAGGAGUAGAAACAGGAGUAAUAAUUCCAGGUCCAUGUCCAGGUUCAGGGCUAAGUUCAGGUCUAGGUUCAGGUUCAUCUGUGGGACACAGAAACUCCCAUCCACGCUCUGUCUCCUCAUCCCCCUCAUCUUCGUCUUCGCCUUUUUUAUUCUCACCCCUUCAAUUCCACGCUUCCCCCCCUCUUCAAAUGGCUCCCUACCAACCUCCUGAUUCUGCAUACAACUAUCCUUCCUACCAAUCGAGACCUCGGUACUCGGUCUACUCACCUCCGCAGCACAAGUUGAUGUCUUACGACAGUUACCAUUCGCUUCCUUGCACAAUCAGUUCUUUUGCCUAA